AUGAGUGGUGCUAACCCGUACAACGACAAGGACGGUCGCCACUCGAUCGCGCUCGUCAAGGAGAAAAAGGCCUCGAACCAACAUCGAUCCCAGGAGGCCGUCCUCCUCACCCCGCACGAUGUGGUCCCCCAAAAGCCUUCCGCCCGCAACACGCCUAUGAUCUCGUUUCAACCCCAUCAUACCGAAAUCUCCACCGAUCGGCCGUCGGUUUCGGGUCGACUCUACCUCCAUAUCCCAAAGAUCCCCGGCAAAAAGUUUCAUUUUGUCUCCUUGACCCUCCAGCUCCGACUCAAGGAGGCCAUGGCCUGGACCAGGCAGGAUCUGGUCUCCUUUGAGAUCGAGAAGCAGAACUGGUCCCAAACCGUCUGGGAGCGCAAAAUUAACCUGCCCUACCAGGAUCGUCAGGUCGAGGAAGGUGAUGAACCCUACGUCGCUGUUGUCAAGGAGCCCUCUUCCAAGACCCAUCAAGGCACGAUUGAGAUUGCGGCGGAUGAAUGGCGCUGGGAGUGGCUCAUGCCGGUGACAGAGAAGGAGGUCAGGCCUGAGAGUUUCGAGGGCUCAAUGGGCAAUGUCUGGUACGAGCUCGAGGCAAAGUGUCUUUUCAGAUGGGAUGAUGUCGACAAGGAUGGGAACGUUGUGCUAUCGACUCAUCGCACCUACGAGACCUCCGCUGAAUCCUUGGCCGGCCAUGGUUCAGAACGCGGCCCAGCAGCCACUCUUCUCAAAGCCGUCGAGGUCUCGUCGGCAAAGUCAAAGUCGUUAGCGCAGGUGUUUGGAAAGUUGCGCGUCGGUGGCAAGAGCAAAAAGAUUCCGACCACAGGCGAUUUCUCGCCUGCAGACCAGCACGACCAGUACAUUAAAGAGAGUCUGCGGGCGAGAAAGAAUAGCAUGCCGCAAGAAGAGAGCGGAGUCAAUGGUGGCCAUGCAGGGACAGGAGGAGCUCUCAGGGAGAGACUUCUUUCAGCCUCCUCUAGGGCACACAGCACCCCCCAUCUCAACCCCCUCGGGUCGGACUCUCAUGCACAUGCAGCACCCGAAUACCCGCCCUUCUUAAUCCGCAAGGUCCUCAAGCUGUACUUUAUCAAACCUCCACCCAACACCUCGUCCAGCCCAGCCUUCUUCCUCCCUCCCCCUUCCAUGGCCCUCCCUACCCUUCCAGGCACACGUCGCCUGAAGGCCAUUAUACCCGGCGCCCGCAUUCAAGUCCAGAUCCAAAUCCCGUCCCUGAUCCCCAUCCGUGGAUAUGCACAGACAUCCCAGUUGGUACCAGACAAGAAGGGCGGUCUCGUUCUCAGCAAGCACGCUUCCCAAAACCAAAUAUACAACCACAACCGCCACAACAACAGCCGCCAUGCACUGGAGAUCGACUCGGGAUACUUGGACAGCUUUCAGGCGGCAUUGACGGUACGCAAGGUCACACAGAAGGAGAUCAACAACAACGAUCAUUUAAAGAAGCGGUACCACAGCGCCACUUCUGGAAUGAACUCUCCAUCGGUCUUUGCCACCGCAGGAGACUCUCACAGCAACAACAGUGGCGGCACUGGUUCAGUAAGGAAACGACUGCAUAGUUCCAACGUUUCUAGUGCUGACGUCCAUGGACAAUACGCAGCUGGUGGCAGAAUAGACGACGGUGCAGGUGCUCUGGCUGGCACGACUGUCCCUGUAGAGCGACCCUGGAGAAAAGAGAUUCUUGUGCGGAAGGUCAAGUGUGAGUUUUGGCAAAAAGAGAGCUGCCGGUUCCCAUCUAGCAGCUCAGACUCUCCUUCGAGAUCCAUCAAGUACGCCAUGGGACCAGCAUUCACCUACUCGGAAAAGGAGCAAGUUAGGGAACGGCAGAGAGAGCGGUCGCACUCGCUCACACAACUAGCCAACUCUCAGCCGUCCUCAGCACCGCGUUCACCCACUCAGCAGACAUCCGCCGUCUCUUGGGAUACCAGUGUCACCCGGGGAAGUUCCAAUCCUGGCAUUGGCGAGGAUCCAAGAAAGGUGGUCCGCAAAAACUCCAGCUCUGCGUUACCUAUGUCUCCGAUCCUCAAGGCUAGCUUGCCUUCUCAGUCGAACCUUUCGGCACCAUCGUCUCCUCUCCAGGUUCCCACCAUGCCACAACCCAUUGAGCGCAAGGGAUCUAACGCUUCGCAGUAUUCCUCCGUGACCUCGUCCCAGCCUCGGACAUCGUUCUCGUCGUCGCACGCCUCGCGUCCUCAUUUAAUUCAGGGUCAUCACUCGUCUCAGAGUUCAAACCCCUUUAUGUUGCUGAUCCCUGUCCCCUUGGACUCUCCCAAGCUCCGGCAGACUUUUGCCUGGCCUUCAGUUGAAACCCCGGCACCAACGACUAACAAGGGCUAUGAGCCUGUCCCGAUGCCAAUGCCACAUAGCAUCCCCGACGUUUCUCCGGCAAUGCACAACAUGGUCAUGGCCAACACUGAAGCGAACGUUGUUGCAGGCGCUGAUAAUCCACCUGGUGUCAGUGAUUCACCAAGGUCAUCAGAAUCGGGACUCAUUGGCGACGAUGUGGAAGCAAGUGGUCGUCGUCAUCAACAUCAAGGACAUAGCCGUUCACACCAACAUCAGUCACCCGCUGCCAAAGCCAACGCCACACGGUCACGUAUCGAAGUCAAGCAUUACCUGAGUUUCCGUCUCUCGAUUGACAUGCUGGAGUAUGAGGGUGAGCUGGACCAGGACGACGAUCUGGAUCUGGGAGCAUUGGAGGAGCAGCAGUUGCAGCAGAUCAGAAAUCGACAGGAACUUUCGGCCUACCACCCUAAUGCGGCAAGCAACAACUCCAAGGUUCUCUCUAGAUCGGGCACAGCUCUUUCCACGGUAUCCGCAUCUGGUGCGUCUUCGUCCACAUCUCCGGUGGCAGCCUCGUCAUCAUCACUUUCGCCUCUGCCAAAUUCGGCCAACCAAGGACUAGAAGGAUCCAGAAUGGGCACCGGCGCUCUGAGCAGGGCGACCAUGACGAAUGUGGCAACUGUCGCCUCGGGCGCAUCCUCAAUGAACUCGAGCCAUACCAGCAGUAUCCCUACCACCACCGCUACAACGACAGUCACUGGAGGGAUGAUGACCGUCCCGUCUGCAUUGACUUUCCUGAACUCCACAGCUGGCCUGCUGGAUAUGGAAUCCGAGGUGGACAACAGCCAUAAAGGCGGUCGUCACCAAGGUCAAGGAGGCACCGCUGACGUUUUUGCCCUUCCUCAGCCAGCAUUUGCGAAUUACGAUCCCCAACAAAGACGUGGGUCGGAUGCCUCCCAGGGCACGGUCAAGAGCACUGGCACGACAAACAGUGGCCACCAUCAUCAUCCUUCACAUGCCGCCAGCCUGGUUGCAGGCGCCUUUGGUGCUCUUAAGAAGAAAGUAUCGACCUCUGCGUUGAACUCGAUUGUCAACAUUGUGACCCCUGCAACGCCGGCUCCUGUUCCUGCCCUUCCGCAGUUGCUCUCGGCCAAUGUCAACACGUCCCUGUCGCCUCAGCAGCACUACACUCAGCACCACCAUCACCAACAGCAACACUCUCAUCGAACUGCGCCGACGGUACAUAAGCUGAAGGACUUUGUGAUCCGUGUCCCUAUUACGGUGGUAAUCCAAGUCGAGGAUUUGGCUCGCGUUGGAACAGCGAGGAUCGAUGGCACAGAUUCAGUCACCCAGACCACAGGAGCCUCGGCAACUGUGGCCGAGACCAUGGAUGGCAGUCAGGGGUCUGAGGUCGAGACCAUCCUGACGGCAGAUCUUAGGAGCGAGGAUGGAGACCAAUCAGUUUGCUCUGGUAGCAACAUCUACCACAACGACUUGGGCAGGUCGCCGUCGUUUGUUGUUAAGGGACAUGAGCCACCGUACGUUGCAUUGCAGGAGCACCAGCGGUUGGUGCAGGGCAAGGGACGCAGGAUGUCGAUAGGCAAUAGUAUGGAGAUCCGGAGUAUCCACGGUCAGAUUGAGGGCCAGGAUGGAGAUGAGUAUGGGGAUGCAGAGUAUGUCGAGGGUCAGUUCAUUGCCGACCAGGAGCAGGAUUGA